AUGGUACAUUUAGCUUCCGUUCAGAGCACUCUUGCGGAUCUCGUCCUCAGUCCACCCCAUCGCGAUCCUACCAUCAUAGCACUUCAAGCAUACAACGAGGCGCUGCCCAUCUUUCGAUUUCCGAAUGAGAUUUUGCAGAUCAUCUUUGGCAUCUGUCACGAUGGAUGGGAAAGUCCACUGCUGAGGCUCCCGUCAUGGCUUAGUAUCACAUACGUCUGUAGUCGAUGGCGUGCCGUUGCACUUGGCUAUUCUCGCCUAUGGUCCACAAUCUCUCUCAGUACUCCCGAGUGGGUGCAACUCUGCAUCGCAAGAUCUCCUUCGAAAUGUUGCCUAGACAUCACACUGACCAUCAAAGAUAAUUUGGUC